AUGCCGUUCACAGUCAAGAGAUUAGACGUAAUCUAUAACUCUAUCAAUGACAGCAACACUUUUACUGACGGUGAUGUUAUUUAUGGGGAAGUCAGGCUGGAAGCGGGGAAAGACUUCCAGAUAGAGUACCUGUUCAUUAAAUUCAAAGGGAAAGCUGAGGUUUUGUGGACCGAGAGGUACGGACAAACCACGCAUGUAUACCACGCCAAAAACAAAUACUUCAGCGUUAGACGUUACUUCAUCCCAGACAAAAACAGCAAAACGGAUGACAGACAGACACUAGUGACCGAUGACUUACAAACAUACAGCAGCGUUGUUGCCCCAGGAAUCCAUGUCUACCCAUUCAGCUUUCAGUUCCCCUACCAGAAUUUACCCUCCUCCUUCAAAGGUCAUGAUGGUAAAAUUGCGUACUCGCUGGAAGCCGUGCUGAGCAGAUCAAUGAGGAUGAACCUGAAACGUGAAACUAUGGUCAACUUUGUGUCAACGACAAAUGUGAACACUAUGUCUUGGUUACAGACACCGCUGCAUGAGUCUAAGGAUAAGAGAAUGAACAUUUUUACCUCAGGAAGUGUAUCCAUGGAUGUUAAUCUUGAAAAAAUGGGCUUCCAACAAGGAGAAGGAUUAAAAGUUGUGGCCUUCAUUAAGAACAGUUCAUCUCGUGAGAUCAAGCCCAAGUACUGUUUGUACAGAAAGCACAGUUUCUUUGCAAGAACAAAGAGAAGGGUCCAUACUAAAGACCUCUUCAAAGAGGCGGGAGACGCCAUCCCUCCAUCUGUGUCCCUUGCCGUAAAAUAUGCUUCAGAUCCAGAGAUCAAGUUUCCUGUAGUCAUCCUGCCAGCCUUCCAGGCCUAUCCUGCAGCGCCACCAGACUAUUCCGCUGCGGCUGCUGCUAGCCCUUUUGGAUUCAACCCAAACCUGAACCCAAACCCUCCAGUGGGGGGUUUUGAGCCACAACAACCAAUAGCAGCUCCCCAACCGUCAGAUUCCCCUCCUCCUUAUGGAGCAUAUGCAAUGUACCCUCAAUUUCCAGAUUUUUGAGAAUAAAUCCUAGCAACAGGUCUGACCAGAUGCUUUGCCAGGAAAUGGUGUGAAAACACU